CAGACCAAGGCAGAGCUUUUGAUGUACGCACAAGAUCAAGAUUUGCGCGUUAUUUCCGCCCUGGGAGCUGGCCUGAAAGCCGACCCCACUCGUCUCUGCAUCGGGGAGCUUGACAACACCAAAAACGAGCCUCUGGCCAUCAAGCUCAGAUACCUCCUUCGGAAGCAGGGCCGUGCCUGCACA